AUGGCACGUCGAAUAGGGGUUCGAUAUACUGAACAGCGUCUUGAUCUAGAAAAACGGCUUAAACUAUUUUUUGAAAGACUAGAAGCAUACGCAACCCUUACAGUACAGCCGAUUAAUUAUCAAAAAACAGAAGCUCUUUGGCCUGCUCGAGCCUUAGGACCUCCAGAUUCGAUAUUUUUUCCGGCGAGCACAAAAUUAAUUGGGUUAAGGCAUUUAAGUAUUUAG